AUGCAGGCAGUGGAAAUCAGUGGAGCAGCAGCCCUCCCAGGGGAUGUUCUUAUAGUGAGGGUUCUUGGAGCCUUCGCUACAGUGACGGAUACAGCUCCUGACGCAAUCUCGUGGAAACUUGUGACUUGUGCACUUUCGGACUUUCAUAAUCAGCAGCAGAUGGAGCAUGAAUCGGGAGACAUUGGGGAGCAGGGGGAAUGGUUAAGGGUGUGUGGGGAGAUUAAAGACGCACAGGAGUUAGAAGCUAAAGCGCCUGGCGUGGUGGAUAGUGUACGUUAUUGGCUGCAGAGUUGCGAUCAAAUCCACCCUGGCGAUUCUCCUGUUUCUUUCGAGCUUUCUGGGCAGCUUGCGCCCCCGCGAACAGCUUUAAAUGCUGCCCGGAAUGCUGCCCAAGCCUGGGGUGUGAUGACUGCGGAUGGUCGGGCAGUCAGACCUGUCCACGUGGCGUUUUCUCGGGCAGGAGGAAUGCUCCCGACACACCGGGCAGACGUUGAAAAAAUCUGGGAGGCGAGCUACCUGGAGAACCUCAGCUUAGCAUCAAUUUCAUUGACCUGCCCGGAGAAAAUUUUGGGCGUCAGUGACACUGCUGGUAGCAGAGAAACCACCACUGCAGAUUCAUCACUGCAAUCAUCAUCACGAUUACCACCAGCAUCAGCGCUACCACCAUCAAGAAGAUCCUACCCUUCCCUCUCCUCCUCUUCCGCUGUCUCAUCACACCACCGCUUCAACCUUUCUCCUCCCACUUCCUCUUUCCAUACAGCGGCAUUCAUAAUGGAACAGCCCGUAACCCACAGCACCACACAGAAUACCCCUCGCACCCCCACAGCACGCCACAGCCACAAGCAUCAGCUUAUGGCCAAACUCUUUUCCAAACUGCCCAACACACACUCGGGGCAGGAGAAAGAAAAUCCCCGGCGCAGGCAGCAGCAGCAAGAAGCUUCCGCCCAGUUUCAGGAAAGCCGGUUUGUUUCGUUGCCCCAAGAAGAAAGCUUUCUCUCUUCUUCCCAGCCUCCCAGAUCAAGCCAUAUCCCCACCAGCAACCCCAGGCCUUCACAGGUGUUCCCCCACCCGCAGGGCUCACAGGGGGGCAAAUCGAGGGGUGUAGGUGCAGCAGGGGAUGAGAGGAUACUGGCGGCUUCCAGUCAAGAAGGAUUUACUGUUCCUGCUGCUGCGCCUUCGUCGUUGAAUGUAGUUGCGCCUGCCCUUACGGCCGGAGAAACGGGUGGUAACCAGACUGCUGCUGGUAACCACGCUGUGGUUGCAGAAACGCCAAGCUCCGUGCUUCCCUUCCUGGGCUUCUCUAGAAGCUCUCUCCACGCCCCUAAGUUUCUGCGCCCUCCUAAACUCCUCUCCUUGUCUCUGAUGCCUGGUGGUGGUGGUGCUGCUGGGAAGGAUGGGAGGGGCAAGGAGGGAAGAAGCACGGAGGAAGAGGGGAAGGAGGAGAGAAGGGGGAAGGAGGAAGCGGUGAAGCAGAAGCAGAAGGGGAAAGGGAAGAGAGUGGGGUUUGGUGCGGUGGAGUGCGUUGCUGGGCCUCCCGCCGCUGCUCUAUCGGGUAUGUGGAGGGAAGAGGAAAGGUGGGAGGAGUUGGAGAGAGGAGAGGAGGAGAGAGAGGAGGAGGGUGGGAGAGGCAAGGAGAACAGGGGGAAUAUGGAGGGUGAAGUGAGAUGGAGUAGUAUGGAGCUAGCAGCAGGGAUAAAAUCAGCUGCAGGCCUAGGGGAAACGGCUUAUAGAGCAGGGGAUGCGUCCAUAAGGGGUACAGAAGCAGUGGCGGAUCCUGGGGCAGGUGAAGGUCUUUUGGCGCCUACAGUGGAAGAUGCAGGAUUGGAGGAGAGGUUUGAAGCGGGCAGGUUGAAAAAACAGAUGGCUUGUGAGCUCGAAGCAGCUCUAGCGAAGCAAGAGAUUAUAAUGAAGAAACAGGAGAUGCUUAUAAAGGAGGGGAAGAAAAGGGAGGAGAGAGCGAGGAAGGAGAAGCAGAGGAGGGAAGAGAGGAUGAAGAGGCGGGAGGAGCGGGCGGGUGGGAAGGACGGGGAGAGAGUGUGGAGGGAAGUGGGGAGGGAGGGAGAGAGGGAAGUGGAAAGGGAAGAGGAGGGAGAGGGGGAGGGCCAGAGGGAGGGAGAGAGGGAAGUGGAGGAGAUUGAGGAGGAGGGAGAGGGGGAGGGGGAGGGGGGUAUGGAGUUGCAUCAGAGCAGAGAAAGGCAGAUGGUGUGGAGGCAAGUGGAAGACUUGAUGAUGAGAAAUGUGCCAAUGAGUCAGGGCCUGUACGAGUGCUUAUACCAGCAUUUCUAG